UCCCACCCGAAGACAGAAAAACAACAAACCCUUUUCUUCAAUCUCCGUGAUCCGAGACAAAUCACAAAUCUUGGAUCUGUCCGAAGAUCCUCACUUUCGCCGGAAAUAAUGGAGUUCUUCCUGAAGGCGAAGGCGGUGCGUCUCCGGAGCCACCACGACAAGUUCCUAACGGCGGAUGACGACGAAGAGUCCGUCACUCAGGAACGCAACGGCUCCGCCUUAGCCGCGCGAUGGUCCGUCGAGCCGGUCUCUGCCACCGGCGCCGGGAACCUCCUCCGCCUCAAGAGCUGCUACGGUAAGUAUCUCACGGCGUCGAAUAAGCCGUUCCUGCUCGGCGCCACCGGCCGGAAAGUCACCCAGUCGCGGCCGGAUCGACUGGACUCCUCCCUCGAUUGGGAGCCGAUCCGCGACGGCGCGUGCGUUAAGCUCAAGACCCGCUACGGCCACUUCCUCCGUGGAAACGGCGGUGUGCCGCCGUGGAGGAACUCCGUCACCCACGAUAUUCCUCACCGGACGGCGACUCAGGAUUGGAUCCUUUGGCACGUCGACGUCGUCGAGAUUCUUCCGGUGAAUGCUCCGCGGCAGCAACCGCCGUCACCCCUUCAUCACUCGGACUCUUUGGACUUCGAACCCGGAUCCCCUUCUUCUUCUUCUUCCGGCCGUUUCUUCAGACAGGAGUCAACGGAUUCAUUUACUGUUGGAUCGCCUCCGAAGAUGGAAGGGAGGACUAUAUACUAUCAUGUGGCGGAUGAAACAGGGGAUGUGGACGAUGACAGUGUAGAGGGAAGCUCGUUUACGUUCAAGGGCAAUGGAGUUGAGGAGUUGACAAAGAGAUUGAAGGAAGAGAGCGGCGUGGAGGAUGUGAUCGUUUGUACUCGAAGUCCCUUGAACGGGAAGCUCUUCCCGUUACGGCUUCAACUCCCUCCCAACAAUGCCGAUAUGACCGUAGUCUUGGUUCCCUCCUCAUCAAAACCAGUAGCAGUGGCAAUGGAGUUGAAGAAGUAAGGGAUCCAAUCCAUCCUGCAGGGUAUUGUAUAACCCUGAAACAUGUCCUAAGCUGAGUUGUGCUGGAACCUGAUAGUGUAUUCUUUGUUAUUGUUCUUCUGCUGAAUCCAAUGUUGAUAUUCUUUAUUA